AUGAAAGGAGCGGACAAAGCGAUUGUGGCAAAGUCCUUUGGAAAAUGGAAAAGCAGCUCUCAAAGGUCCAGGACCAUGGAGAAGCCGGAUGAGCCGUCUGAAGAAAGCAAGGAGGAGAACCUUUCCAGCUGCACCUGUGAGUCCCCACGAAAAGGCAAGAAACCAACAACCUAUGGAGGAAAAACCCACAACAAGACCCAGCCUCUUUAUACUCAGACCCAGAACAAGACCCAGCCUCUUUAUACUCAGACCCAGAACAAGACCCAGUCCCUUUAUACUCAGACCCAGAACAAGACCCAGCCUCUUUAUACUCAGACCCAGAACAAGACCCAGCCUCUUUAUACUCAGACCCAGAACAAGACCCAGCCUCUUUAUACUCAGACCCAGAACAAGACCCAGCCUCUUUAUACUCAGACCCAGAACAAGACCCAGCCUCUUUAUACUCAGACCCAGAACAAGACCCAGCCUCUUUAUACUCAGACCCAGAACAAGACCCAGCCUCUUUAUACUCAGACCCAGAACAAGACCCAGCCUCUUUAUACUCAGACCCAGAACAAGACCCAUCCUCUUUAUACUCAGACCCAGAACAAGACCCAGCCUCUUUAUACUCAGACCCAGAACAAGACCCAGCCUCUUUAUACUCAGACACAGAACAAGACCCAGCCUCUUUAUACUCAGACACAGAACAAGACCCAGCCUCUUUAUACUCAGACCCAGAACAAGACCCAGCCUCUUUAUACUCAGACCCAGAACAAGACCCAGCCUCUUUAUACUCAGACCCAGAACAAGACCCAGCCUCUUUAUACUCAGACCCAGAACAAGACCCAGCCUCUUUAUACUCAGACCCAGAACAAGACCCAGCCUCUUUAUACUCAGACCCAGAACAAGACCCAGCCUCUUUAUACUCAGACCCAGAACAAGACCCAGCCUCUUUAUACUCAGACCCAGAACAAGACCCAGCCUCUUUAUACUCAGACCCAGAACAAGACCCAGCCUCUUUAUACUCAGACCCACAACAAGACCCAGCCUCUUUAUACUCAGACCCAGAACAAGACCCAGCCUCUUUAUACUCAGACCCACAACAAGACCCAGCCUCUUUAUACUCAGACCCACAACAAGACCCAGCCUCUUUAUACUCAGACCCAGAACAAGACCCAUCCUCUUUAUACUCAGACCCAGAACAAGACCCAGUGUUUUAAAACUGUGAUGGAUUCAGAAGGAGAGGAUAACACACUUCAAACAUGCAACGGUGGCAAAGUUCCAGUUGAAUGCAUCACCCAGGCUCCCGGCCCAUAUGGGUCUAUGGCUGCUAGGAAAAGACUCUCCCAGGAAGGGGUGCAGGGCGCCCCCGUCAACAAGAGAAAGUCUCUCCUGAUGAGGCCCCGCCACUACAGCCCCAGCGAGGCGUGCUGCGAGGAGGAGAACGAGGACCUGGCACAGGCACAGGACAAAGAAGAGCUGAGGAACAUUGACACUCCAGCAGAUGGUUGCCAAGGUACGCUUAAUGAAGUGCCCAACAUAAAUGGCUGCCAGGACUCAAUAACAAAACCCCAUGAUUCCUUUGGAUGGUCCGAAGUGGUGACUGAUGACUCUCUCCAUGAGGAGGUUGCCGCCUCGGAAACUCUGGAAGAUGAAGAGGUGGAGGAACGAAACCAAGAAGAAGAGGAAGAAGAAGACCAAAGUCAGGACAGGAUGAGUAUGACUUGCAGUUUCUCGCCACGUAAAAGCCCAUACGGGGACAGCCGGAAAGCCGAGUGGGAGUCUCUGUCCCUGUCUCAUUCUGCUAGGGUGAAUGGCACCAACGGCUGCAUCAACAGCCCCUCUAAAGCCACCACCGGAGAAGGACACCCAUCGGGCAGGAACGGCCACCAACACAUGAGAGACAAAAAUCCUGACUCGGACCUGAGGGCGUACAACAUGGGCAGAGUAGGUCCCUUCCAGGCAGGGGCCCUGCGGCUCUACCCCAGUGAGGAGGACAGUGAGGGGGAGCCAGAGGUGGAGAGGCCUCCCCAGCUGGAGGCCUGGGCGCUGGGCCUGCAAGAGAUGGAGAGACCGCUGGGCCUGGAGAUGGACCGAGACAGAGGAGACAGAGACAGGGACAGAGGGAGGGUGAACCUGAGCCUCCUGGAGCAGGCCAUGGUCCUGCAGUCAGAGCAGAGGCAUGUCAUCCACAAUGCCUACAGGGAGAUGGACAGGUUCCUACUGGAGCAGAUGACCAAUGAGAGGAGGCACCAAAGGCUACUGGAUGUAAACUCCAGGGUGAGCUAUCAUGGAUGCAAAGACUCUCCACGGCCAGACAAGAAGGAUAUUAGGUGUCCCACCCCUGGGUGUGACGGAACUGGCCAUGUCACUGGUUUGUACCCCCACCACCGGAGUCUGUCUGGCUGUCCCCACAAAGUCAGAGUUCCCCCAGAGAUCCUGGCCAUGCAUGAAAACGUCCUCAAGUGUCCUACUCCCGGGUGCACAGGAAGAGGCCAUGUAAACAGCAAUCGUAGCACCCACCGGAGUCUCUCAGGCUGCCCCAUUGCUGCUGCAGUGAAAGUCUCCAAACCUCAAGAGGAGAGCCCCAAAUGCAGACAAGCACCAGAACGAUUACCUCUCGGCCCCCUCAUGAAGAAGUUGGAGUUCAACCAGUACAGCUACAGGUUCGCCCAUCACCAUCCUGUCACCGCCGCCUUGGAAGCCAACCUCACCAAGGACAUGGACAAGUACAGCAAGAUCCGCUUUGAUUACGCCAGCUUUGAUGCACAGGUCUUCGGCAAACAACCUCUGAUGGCACCCAACCAGGACCAAAAAAUCUCUCCUUCACACUUCCCUGACUCAGCUCUACAGUACACCGACUUCCUGGGUGCCCCUGGCAACCUCCUUCCCACGCCUGACCCCGGACGGCACAGCCCACCCACCCAUUACAAACCGGGAUGUGAGGGGCUCCAAGACACCGCAGCCACCACCGCCAUCCUCAACCUCUCAACCCGCUACCGAAGCAACAUGGAGGCCAUCUCCAUCUCUGGCCGGCCCCUGGCAUCCUCCACAAAGGACAUGCCCAUAGAAGUGGAUGAGAACGGCACCCUGGACCUGAGUAUGAAGAAAAGUCGGGAGGUGAAUGCCCCACCCAAGGUGCCUUUGGGAGACGUUGCCCUGUCCCCUCCUGAGUCCACUCUCAAGCAGGCCGGCAGUGUGCACAUCAGCCCUGCCUUCUACCAUUCCCUGUGUGAGAGAGACGCCUGGGACACACCUCUCAACUUCAGCAAAGCACAACAAAUGAUGCACGACAGAGAGGAGGAUUUUGACGACGCUUCUCUGGAGAACCAGAGCUACUCCGGAGACGCGAGCAUGUUAAGCCCCAAGACCAAGAUGCUCUUAAGAGAUGCUAAGAAAGAGCUGAUGAGCUGUCCUACCCCCGGCUGUGACGGCAGUGGCCAUGUAACAGGAAAUUAUGCGUCACAUCGAAGUGUAUCUGGGUGUCCCCUGGCUGACAAGACUCUCAAAUCACUGAUGGCAGCCAACUCUCAGGAACUAAAGUGCCCAACACUUGGAUGUGAUGGAUCUGGACACGUGACCGGGAAUUAUGCUUCACACAGAAGUUUGUCAGGAUGUCCACGUGCCAGAAAGGGAGGCUUGAGGCUUACACCAAACAAAGAUGAAAAAGACGACCAAGAAAUUAAGUGUCCAGUGAUAGGUUGUGAUGGGCAGGGCCACACAUCGGGGAAGUACACAUCUCACCGCAGUGCAGGAAGCUGCCCCCUCACUGCUAAGAGGCAGAACGAGUCAUCCAUCAAUGGCCUCCCCUUCCCCUGGAAUAAGGCCUGCAAACAGGAACUGCCCCACUGUCCCUUGCCCGGCUGCAAUGGCCUUGGACACGCCAAUAACGUGUUUGUCACCCAUAGAAGUUUGUCUGGAUGCCCACUUAAUGCUCAAAGUAUCAAGAAGAAGAUGUCAGGAGAGGAGAUGGUGACUAUUAAACUGAAAGCCAGCAGUGGAGUCGACAACGACGAUGACAUGCAACACUUGGAUCAUGAAAUCAAGGAACUGAAUGAAUCCAACCUGAAAAUAGAAGCUGACAUGAUGCAACUGCAGACCCAGAUUUCGUCAAUGGAAUGUAACCUGAAGACAAUUGAGGAGGAGAACAAGAUGAUUGAACAGCACAACGACAGCCUUCUGAAGGAGUUAGCUCGCCUCAGCCAGGCUCUCAUCAACAGUCUCACAGACAUCCAACUGCCUCAAAUGGGGCCCAUAAGUGAGCAUAAUUUCGAAGCCUAUGUGAACACAUUAACAGAUAUGUACAACAACUCGGAGCACGACUACUCUCCCGAGUGUAAGGCUCUCUUGGAUAAUAUCAAACAGGCUAUAAAGGGAAUCCACGUUUAA